CUUGGGCACGGGCGGGGGGCCGAGGCGGGCAGCGCAGUGGGCGGGGGGCACACGAUCCACCGCCCUCAGCGGCUGCAGCUGCAAAGGCGGUGGCAGCGGCAGCGAGCGGGGCGGAGGCUGGAGCGGAGGCUGGAGCCCCGGCCGGGAGGGAGGAGCGGGGAGGAGGGGGCCGGGAGGCUGUGCCUGGCGAGCCGGAGGGGUGCUCGGUGUUCUCCCGCCCUCCUUCCGGGAGCGAGGAUGCGGGCUCCGGGACUGCGAGUGCUGGGCUGAGGCCGAGGCAGGGAGCUGCGGCGCGGCUCCGCGAGGUGUCUCCUGCGCGCGGCGCGGGGGGAGGCGCAGACCGCGAGGCGGCGGAGCAGGGGGAGAUGCCCGGGGCCGCCGCCGCCGCGAUGCUGCCGGCCCAGGAGGCUGCCAAGCUGUACCACAGCAACUACGUGCGGAACUCGCGGGCCAUCGGUGUGCUGUGGGCCAUCUUCACCAUCUGCUUUGCCAUCGUCAACGUGGUGUGCUUCAUCCAGCCCUACUGGAUCGGCGACGGCGUGGACACCCCGCAAGCCGGCUACUUCGGGCUCUUCCACUACUGCAUCGGCAGCGGCUUCUCCCGGGAGCUGACCUGCAGGGGCAGCUUCACGGACUUCUCCACGCUGCCCUCGGGCGCCUUCAAAGCCGCCUCCUUCUUCAUCGGCCUCUCCAUGAUGCUCAUCAUCGCCUGCAUCAUUUGCUUUACCCUCUUCUUCUUCUGCAACACGGCCACCGUGUACAAGAUCUGUGCCUGGAUGCAGCUCACCUCCGCUGCCUGCCUUGUGCUUGGCUGUAUGAUUUUCCCCGAUGGCUGGGAUUCAGACGAAGUCAAACGGAUGUGCGGAGAAAAGACCGACAAGUACACCCUCGGGGCUUGCUCCGUCCGCUGGGCGUACAUCUUGGCUAUCAUUGGAAUUUUGGAUGCCCUGAUCCUCUCGUUUCUAGCAUUCGUGCUUGGUAACCGACAAGACAGCUUGAUGGCAGAGGAACUGAAGGCAGAAAACAAAGACGACGGAAAUGCUUAAGGCAACUAAGGUAGUGCGGGACCACACCAUUUCUGCUAAGCCAAUACUCUCUAGAAUGAGCACAAAACAAAUCAAAUAAAAGCUAGACAAAUCGAAUAACAGCUUUUGUA